GCUAACUGCAUUUCAGGAAGAGAGCGUCAGUCAGUUCGUUAGGGCGCUGUACUUCCCAAUAAAGUUAUAUUUGUGCUGACAGCGUCAGUGUUUCAUAUAGUCUCUGUAAACACUGCAAGAGAAAAUGUCCUUCCUUCUUAAGCUUAUUCAAGGAUUCUUUGAUUUCAUCCUGAAACUCUUCGGCUGGAAGAGAAGACCUGCUUUAACCCUCGAGGAUCCCAAUGUGAAGUAUCCGCUGCGCCUAGUGGACAAAGAGGUUAUUAGCCACGAUACAAGGAGGUUUCGGUUUGCUUUAAAAUCACCAGAUCAUGUUCUUGGGCUUCCUAUUGGUCAACACAUCUACCUAUCUGCCAAGAUAGAUGGGAACCUUGUGGUCAGACCCUACACCCCUGUGUCUAGUGAUGAUGACAAAGGCUUUGUUGAUCUGGUCGUGAAGAUAUACUACAAAAACGUCCACCCAAAGUUUCCUGAGGGUGGGAAGAUGUCCCAGUACUUGGAGAGUCUUCGUCUUGGUGACACAAUAGAUUUCAGAGGGCCAAGUGGACUGCUGGUUUACAAAGGCAAAGGAUCGUUUGCUAUCAGGCCUGAUAAAAAGUCACCCCCCGUAAUGACAACUGCAAAGCAUGUUGGCAUGAUCGCAGGGGGAACGGGCAUUACACCCAUGCUUCAGAUAAUCAAUGCAGUCAUGAAGGAUCCAAAGGAUGAGAUUGUUUGUUACUUGCUAUUUGCAAACCAGACAGAGAAAGACAUUCUUCUACGGCCUGAGUUAGAUGAAGUCUUGGCUAACAACCCAACACGUUUUAAGCUGUGGUACACACUCGACAGGGCUCCAGAGGGAUGGGAGUAUAGCCAAGGCUUCAUCAGUGAGGACAUGGUAAGGAACCAUCUUCCUCCUCCUGGAAAUGACACACUCAUCCUCAUGUGUGGACCUCCUCCUAUGAUCCAGUUUGCCUGUAACCCCAACCUGGACAAGGUGGGCCAUUCCAACGACAGACGCUUCACCUUCUAGAAGAACCCUGCAAGCGUCAUUGAAAACCACUUGAAGUUUAUUGCAUCUUCAAAAUUAUAAUCGUGCUUUCCUUUCCACACCAAUCCUUAUUUACAGACCUAGUAUCCAAAUCCUACAGAGUAUGGCUGCUAUGUGCUGAAUGCAAAUUCACUGUAAAGGGGUAAGGUAUCUUUAAUGAUGCAAAGAACUUUAACUUAUGCUUAACUUAUGCAAAGAUGCAUUGCUGACACCUGUUAGUUUGGAUAUUAGUUGGAGAAUUUGUGCAUAUCUGGAAUGGUUGCAAACCAAAAGCAUUUCAUAAUUUCUCUGCACAUAUUUCUGUAUACCAUGUAUUCUGUAUUCUGAGUACCAUGAUUUUUUAAAUAAAAUCAUGCUUUUCUACAUCAAUAUUAACAUGGUCUAUGCAAUUACAGUAUAACAAACAGAGGUCAGAGCUGGUAGUGAAUACAGUAAAAUACAACUUUUAAGAUGUUUUAAUUUGUAAUUAAAGACUAACAUAUCCAUUAAGCCAAGUUCAUGUAUUUCUCACAGGCCAAAUCAGUGUGCAUGAAUGUGUGCACCCUCUAGUGGACAAACAAUUAGCCAAUCCACAUAUUGAUAAAAGUGGCUUAACUUUGACUUGCCUGAAUAGUCUUGACCUCAUGUUGUUCAAAUAUUACUGCCUUUGGCGAGUAUGUACUCUUGAAAGAUUAUGUGCAGAAAAUGAUUCAAACUCCAAUACAACAGAAAUUAUACGGAAGAUAUAUUGUACAAUAAAUACUUUAAAUGCAAAUUAAAA